AUGAAGGUUGAACGAUACAUGGCCACGAAAAAGAAAAGGUUGUUCCUAUCCCCUGGAUAUCCGUCUGAAGAUGUGUUGAGACAAUUUCAUAUUCAAACGAGCCGAGCCAUGAUGCUGGACUCUGCAAGACUGCGUGAUCUUACGGAAAUGGAGCGGUCUUGGCUUCUUCGAGCGGUGGCGGAGGAGAAGAAGAAGCUGAACGUGAGGAAGGUAUUCAUCUGUCUCGUACUUGUACUGCGUGACUGUGUUGUUGACGUGAAGGGAUACUUGAGCAAAGAGAGAGGAGUAGAGGAGCUUGAGCUUGGCUUUUCGGUUCUUAAACAGAAGUUUAUAAAGACUCCUGAAUGUGGCUCACCGGAAUCGACUCUUAGUAGUUUCUCUUGGAAAGAGGAAAAAGUGGUUAAAGAAGAAGAGUGA